AAUAACUUCCAAAUCAAAAGAGAAAAUUAAGGGAAAAAAGGCGAUUUUUUAUUAUUUAUCUCUUAGCUCUGUUCUAUUUGUUACCAUAGCAACGUUUUAAGUUUUCUCUGUAGAAAUGCUUUUCUCUAGAUUUUUCACUUGCUACGCCGAAGAUCAAAGGUAGAUUUAGUGCUUCAAGCAUGGUGUAUCAACAUUUGGUUAACUUCUGGCCUCUUGUUCCUGCAUUUGAUUUGCAAAAUGUCGUCGAAUCUCAUGAUUCGAAUAAUUCCAGUUCACCCUACUCAGACCAGCCUUACUUCUUAUACCAGUUAGGAAAUCCAAAUCUGAAAGAUAGCCGUCGAAAUGAACAAACUUCUUUAGAUGAUAAUUCCGGCCAUGAUGGUGGCAGCUAUUUUUGCUUAAUAAUUGGAGAUGGUAUAGGAUGCCUCUUAAAAACACUAUCUCGGAUGUUUCGCCACAAAAACACCAACUUGAAAAUAUAUAUGAUAUGCUCAUCUCCUGAAUGUUUGGCACGCAAUCUGCUUCUUAUGUCACUGUUUGGGGACAACUCUCUUCGAUCUAGUUUACUAGAAAGAGCUGAAAUCUUUCUUGAUAUACUCGGAAACAUUCACGUGAGAUCUCCUACAAAGCUAUUUAUGGAAACCAAAUCCGUGGAAUUCAUUGAAAAAAUAGGAAAUUUAUCAGAGAACAAAAAUAUCCUUCCCUUUGUAUCACUAGAAUAUUUUAAACAGAAAGAAAUAGAUGGUUUACUACAAGCCUUCACGUACAUAAAAGACGAAAAAGAAUUUUUUGGAAUUGGUAAAGGUUGGGAAAAUGCCCUGCGUGCUUAUUAUGGAACCAGGUACGACAAUCGACGGAAUUUGUUUGAUUAUCAUUUCAACAUGAAACUUUCAGAUUAUAAGAUAAUAAAUUUGAAGAAAUAUAUUGAUUGGUGUGAAACGGGCAUAGCUUUUAAGUUUCGGCAAUCUAAAUACAAUUAUCCUAACAAAACGAUGCACAUUUCAUCCACUCAAUUCACGAAAAACAAUGACAAUGUCGAUGCUUAUGUUGGCGACAUUGCGACUAGCCCUUACGUAGCUUUUGGUGUCGAGACUGGAAAUUUUAGCUUGCUAAGGGAAUCAAAUGGCGUGUAUACUUCGAAUAGUUUGGAAAUUUCAAAAUUUAACAUUAUUGAUAUGACAAACGAGUUCAUAACUCAUACUAAGAUGGAAAAGUCUAGAAAUGUGAUGGUUCAUCCGCUAUCUUUUGAAACAUUUCGCAAGAUGCAUAGGUUCAAAAAACUCUUUGAUGCUAUUUACGUUACUUGUGACAUGAUGCCACUCAUUGGAUCGCUACUAUCUAAUGUUCUGAAAGAAAAUGGUAUUGUAGUUUUUGAAACUAUAAAAAAUGUUGUUAAUUCAACAAACGAGCAAAAAGCAAUGUAUUGUGAAGAAAUUGAUCGCGUUGCUCACUUUAAUGGAUUGGAAGUCUUGAAUGUAAAAGAAUUUUCAGAAAACAAGAAUUUUAAAAUAUUUGCAUCGAAGGGGGAUUUAUUUGAAAAUGAUGGUUUGCACAUUGCUAAUAACAGUUCAGAGUUAGAAGAACUGUAAGAGUGAAAAUAGCUUUGACAUAUGUUAAAAAAGAACUGUUUAUGUUGUAAUAUUGAAUUAAAAUAGUUGUAAGCUUUGAAAACUUAAAUU